AUGACAUGUAAAGGCAAGAUGGAUGAGGCAAGAAAAUUAACAGAAAUCAUAGCCUCUUCUGUCUGCCUGGUUGCCUCACAAAGAGAAGUUUCUUCUGCACUUGCCUGCGAUUCAGCCUAUCUUCAUCAUCUUCACCAUUCUUUGCUCAAAGACAAGGCUGCUCUUCUAGCAUUCAAGGAGUCCAUAUUAGUUGAUCCAAAUUCCAAACUUACAAACUGGGAAGAGGUUGUUCCUGUUUGCAACUUCACUGGUGUCACAUGCAACCACUUUUUCGGCACCAUUCCGCCUGAACUUUCCUCCCUCCAACGCCUCCAAAUUCUCCGCCUAAAUAGAAAUAACUUAAGUGGUCCAAUACCAGACAGUUUCGUCCUACUCACCAACCUCACUCUAUAUGAAGUUAGUGAAAACAAAUUGACAGGUCCCCUGCCGCCUUCUUUUUUCUCGAACUGCACACAGUUACAAAAUAUAGACCUCUCUUUCAACUACAUCAGAGGUCAAAUUCCAGCAGAAAUCGGAAAUUGUCCAAAUUUAUGGACUGUCAAUUUAUUCAAUAAUCAACUUACAGGGCAACUUCCUACCUCCUUAACCAACAUUACACUGUAUAAUCUAGAUGUGAAUUACAAUCUUCUAUCUGGUGAACUACUUACAGACAUAGUACAGAAGCCGUCUUGUCUCGCCUUUCUUCAUUUAUCCUAUAACAACAUGACAAGUCAUGAUAAUAACACCAAUCUCUAUCCAUUCUUUGCUACAUUGGGAAAUUGUACUUAUUUAACGGACCUUGAAUUGGCUGGAAUGGGCCUUGGCGGAACAUUACCCAGCACCAUUGGCCAUCCUAGACUAAAGUGUCUAGAAUUGCAAGAAAAUCACAUCUUUGGUUCGAUUCCUCCAGAAAUAGGAAAUCUUUCAAAUAUUACAGUGCCGAACUUAGCAUCCAAUUUUCUAAAUGGAACAAUCCCGGAAGAGGUCAGUCUUUUGUUAAAUUUGGAGCAGCUUCUUUUGUCCCACAACUUUUUCAGCUUCAGAAUUCCUGUAGCAUUAGGGAAGCUCCCUCAUCUUGGUCAGCUAGAUCUAUCAAACAACAAAUUCUCUGGAGAAAUUCCAUCCAACCUAGGAGAUUUAGAUGCACUUCUAUAUUUGUUUCUCAAUAACAACCUCCUUUCAGGGACAAUACCACCAAAACUACUCAAAUGCAUAAAUCUUUACAUGCCUGAUCUGUCCCACAAUAGAUUAACAGGGAGGGUACCUCCAGAGAUAGCAGAACUACAUGAAAUGAGACGAUUUAUAAAUUUUUCACACAAUCUUCUUGAAGGCCCUUUGCCAAUUGCACUCAACAAACUCGAAAAUGUUCAAGAAGUGGAUCUUUCAUCAAACAACCUUGGUGGGAAUAUCUUUUGUAACACCCACAAUCCCACAUCGGAAGGAUGUGUGGAUAACGAAUGA